UGGGGGCGGCGGUGACCGCGAGGUCUCCCGGGCGCGGGGUGCCAGCCCUUCCCUGUAGCAACGCGAUGCUCGGGCCGGGGCCCACCCCGCUGUCGACAACCUCUCCCGCCCGGCGUCCCUCGGGGCAGGCUCCCUCCCCACUUUCGGAGUCCUCACGAAAAGCCCUGUUCCUGCUCCGGCGUUUUCCGAUGGGUCCCAAACCCCGACUGGUGUCCUCCCCAAACCUGGCGUCCCGCUCUCCGAUCGCCCUGGCCGGGAGUCCUUCCUUGCCGGGCCCCUGCCCCGCCCGAGACUCCCCUUCCCGGGUUUUAUGACUCCGGGAGCCUCGGCGUCUCUCCACCGCAUUCCUCUUCCCAGGUCGCCCUAGAGGGCUGCGUCCCGGGAUGCCCGGGACCCUCAUGGCCUGGUGACUCGAGGCCCUCUCCUUGCCAGCUCUUCUCCACCCCGCAGACGGUCUUUUUGAUGUCCUUCAGUGAAGUUUUACCAUUUUGUCCCUGGCAUUUUGGACAACACUUGAUGGCCAUUGUUGAGUGUAUGGUUAUGUAGGCGUUGUGUGCAUCUGUUGGAGAGUCUUGUACUUCUAGUAGCACCAGUGUGGCUUACUGCUGACUUCCUCCCCUUGGAAGCCCAGGGUACCAGGCGAUGGCAACUUUGCACCUGUCUGCCCUGCCCCAGGCUGAGGUGACCUUUGAGGACGUGGCCGUGCUAUUCUCCCGGGAGGAGUGGGGCCGUCUGGGCCCUACUCAGAGGGGCCUCUACAGGGACGUGAUGCUGGAGACCUACAGGAAUCUGGUCUCCCUGGGAGCUGGACGUGCAGGUCCCAAGCCUGGGGUGAUCACACAGUUGGAGCGAGGGGAUGAACCAUGGGUCCUGGAUGCACAGGGUGCCAAAGGGAAAGGGCGACCGAGAGUCAGUGUCUCAGCUCGUGGGACCAGGACUGAGUACAGUGAGUUGUCUUCAGGAGAAAUGCUUGAUGGGGAAGAACUGGAUCGACUCCAGAGUGCUGUUUCCCAGGGACCUGAGCCUGGAGAGGCCCGUGCGUGUGUCCGGGAGCCAGAGGACAGCCUGGACGAGCCUGUGGAACAGAGAUGCCUGAGGCCAGUCAUAUGGACUAAUGAGAAGAGCAUCCAGGAGUCUGCAGGGAGCCUCAGCUUCCAGUCAAGCCCGAUCUCUGACCAGAGACCUCACAAAUGUGAUAUAUGUGAACAAAGUUUUGAACAGAGAUCAUACCUCAAUAACCAUAAGCGUGUACACAGGACAAAAAAGAUAAAUGUAGUCCAUGAUUCUGGGGAAUUCUUCAGUGCAAAUCUGGCUAAAGAAGCUCAGAUAAUUCCUCUUGGGAAAAAAUUGCAUCAUUGUGGUUACUGUGGGAAGGCCUUCAGGUACAGUGCUAACCUCGUCAAGCACCAGCGGCUUCAUAGCGAAGAAAAGCCCUACAAGUGUGAAGAGUGUGGGAAAGCCUUCGGCCAGAGCUGCGAGUUCAUCAGUCACCGAAGGAUGCAUUCAGGGGAGAUCCCCUACCGGUGUGGUGAGUGCGGGAAGACAUUCAACCAAAGGCCCAACCUCAUGAAGCAUCAGAGGAUUCACACCGGGGAGAAGCCCUACAAGUGUGGUGAUUGCGGGAAACACUUCAGUGCCUAUUCUUCCCUUAUUUACCACCAGAGAAUCCACACUGGAGAGAAACCCUAUAAGUGCAAUGACUGUGGGAAAGCCUUCAGUGAUGGCUCAAUCCUCAUCCGGCAUCGUCGGACUCACACUGGAGAGAAGCCAUUUGAGUGCAAAGAAUGUGGCAAAGGCUUUACCCAAAGUUCUAACCUUAUCCAACAUCAAAGAAUUCACACUGGGGAGAAACCCUAUAAAUGCAAUGAAUGUGAGAAAGCCUUCAUCCAAAAAACCAAACUGGUUGAACAUCAGAGAAGCCACACUGGAGAGAAGCCCUAUGAGUGUAAUGACUGUGGCAAAGUCUUCAGCCAAAGCACACACCUUAUUCAGCAUCAGAGGAUCCACACGGGAGAGAAGCCGUACAAGUGCAGUGAGUGUGGGAAGGCCUUCCACAACAGUUCCAGACUCAUCCACCACCAAAGGUCACACCACGGAGAGAAGCCGUACAAAUGCAGCGAUUGCAAGAAAGCCUUUAGCCAGGGUACUUACCUCAUCCAGCACCGGAGGAUCCACACGGGGGAGAAGCCCUACAAGUGCAGCAAGUGUGGGAAAGCCUUCCGGCACAGUUCCAACAUGUGCCAGCAUCAGAGGAUUCACCUCCGGGAGGACUUUGCGAGGUGACUGUGGACGAGGGCCCAUGAGUUCUGCUGUGCACUUCUCCAUAUGACCCACCCCACCCCUUUAUUUAUUGUCCAUACAGUGUUGUCACAGAUGAAGGGCAUUUCUAAUUAAAAACAAAUGCAACUCUUUCCUUAAUCCCGAAGCCGUGCAUGUUCAUUUUAGAGAAAUUGAGAGAGAGGUAGGCAAAAAGAAGUUCUUGUGAUUCCCCCCGUUUAGAAAAUGAAUCCAUUACUGCUGAUUUAGCAUAAGCUUCCUUUCACACAGUUCAGCGCGUUGUCAAAAGAAAAUACUGCGUGCUUGUCAUUGCAGCACAGAGGAUCUUCCUUUGUUAUUUCCUCGAUCCUAGAAAAGUCACACUGGAAAAAUUCUACAUAUUUACAUAUUGUAAUUUAAAAAGAUUAGCAUAAUGUUCAUCCUUUUCCGUGUAUCUUAAUAGAGGUGAUAUUGUGGUAAAAUACACAUAACCUGAAACUUACCAUUUUUACCGUUUUUAGGUGUACAGCUCAGUGGCAUUAAAUACACUCACAAUGUUGUAUGACCAUCCCCACUAUUUCCAGAACUUUUAUGAUCUGAAACAGAAACUGUACGCAUUAAAUAAUAACUCUCCCUUUCUCUCGGCU